CUGAUUCUAUUUCUGAUAGUGUUCCACGCAGAGAGCUUGGAGCGCUUUAAAACCUCUUUCGACCAGUUACGGUGAAACUUUACACCAAGGUGUGUUAGUUUUGUGAUUUCUCAACUUUCGUAACAUAAUCAGUGCAAUAUGGAUUAUGAUUUUGAUCCUUUGGAACAUACGAGCAUAUAUCAAAGAAAAGAAGAUUCUGAUGAUAGUGAUGGAGAGGGAGGCCUGGGAAAUGUCAGCAGAAUAAUCAUGAGACCUCCAGGCCAUAGUGGGAAAGCAAAACGUGGCCACCUUUGUUUCGAUGCCUCGUUCGAAACUGGAAACUUAGGAAGAGUUGAUCUCAUAAACGAAUAUGAGUACGAUCUAUUUAUAAGGCCCGAUACUUGUAGCCCUAAGUUAAGGUUUUGGUUCAACUUUACUGUAGACAACGUUAAACAGGACCAGAGAGUGAUUUUCAACAUAGUGAACAUCAGUAAAGAAAGGAACUUAUUCAUGGAUACUAUGACACCCUUAGUGAAGUCUUCUAGUAGACCACAGUGGCAAAGGAUACCGAAAAAAUACGUCUUCUACCAUAAAUCCGUUUUACAUCAAGGGCAUUACGUGUUGAGUUUUUCGUUUGGAUUCGACAAGGAAGACGAUGUGUUUCAAUUCAGUUUAGCACCACCGUAUAGCUAUACUAAGCUUCAAACAUUUUUGAGUACUUUAGAGAAGAAAGCUACGUACCUGAGCGACAAUUUUAAAAGAGAACUUCUGGAGAAUAGUGUGCAAAAGAGAAGGCUGGACUUGAUUACCAUUGGAUCUCUAGAUAAAACACGGCCCAAAGCUAGAAGACGAGUUAUUGCCAUCAUGGCCAGGGUUCAUCCAGGAGAAUCCCCUGCAAGUUUUGUUUGUCAAGGUUUACUGGAACUACUCAUCAGCUCUAACUCCGUUGCAACUAUCCUCAGAAAGCAUGUGAUUUUCAAAGUCAUUCCCAUGCUGAACCCAGAUGGAGUGUUCUUAGGAAACUACAGAAGUACUGUUAUGGGAACAGAUUUGAACAGAACGUGGCACAUCGCAAAUCCUUGGUGUCAUCCGACUAUAAGAGCUGUAACAGAUAUGUUAGCGACGUUGGAUAAAAACAAAGAAUUCCAGUUGGAUUUUGUGAUAGAUAUUCAUGCACAUUCCAGUUUGAAAGGAUGUUUCGUUUACGGAAACACAUAUGAAGACGUAUACAGAUACGAGAGACACAUACUGUUUCCAAAAUUAUUGGCAUCUAUCUCUGAUGACUGUAUUCCUGAGAAUACGAUGUUCAAUUCCGACAUUAAUAAAAUUGGAACCGCUCGAAGAUACCUUUGUUCGUUUUUAAGUGACAGGGUGAAUUGUUAUACGUUUGAAGUGUCAAUUUUUGGAUAUAAAUUGAAAGGAUCUGAAGUUACUCUUCCUUAUACAGAAGACAGUUAUAUGAGAUGCGGUAGAAAUUUAGUGCGCACUUUUUUGGAAUAUUAUCACAAUACUGGAGCAAUUCCUGUGGAAAUUGGGUCACAGAUUGCCAGUAAAAAGCGAAGACCAAGAACGAACCAAGUCAAAAGAAGAAACAAAAACCUUUAUCAGAGGCCUUUGACGAGUCGCACUCAAGCCCAAUUGCAUUUCCAGAAUCUGAAUAUUUACGACAGCGAAACGUCUUUCGAUGACUAUACUUUCAGUUACAGACAUUCCAGUCCUCAGAGGACAUUUGAAAAAAUAAGGGAACAACUUAACUCAAGAGGUACUGCUAGAGGCAACCCGCAGAAAUACUUCACAAAUAAUUCACCUCCUCCAACCACUUUUGUUGUUCUACCAGAACCCGGGCUGUCUAUCAUUGAUUUUAAUGUUAUUUCCAGAGAUGAUAUUGAAGCAGUGUCAAAUCUAAAUCAAAGAAAAUUAAAUAAAAGGAAAAAUUAA